AAAUUGUAUAAAAGCUUGAGUGAGGUGAAGUCUGAAGUGGAAACAGUGAUAAAAACUGGACGUCAGAUUGUUCAGAAACAACAGACAGAGAACCCCAAAGAACUGGAUGAAAGACUUACAGCUUUGAAGUUACAGUAUAAUGAAUUGGGUGCUCUGGUGACAGAAAAAAAACAAGAGUUAGAGAAAUGUUUGAAAUUGUCCCGGAAGCUACGAAAGGAAAUGAAUGCUCUGACAGAGUGGCUGGCAGUGACAGAUGCAGAAUUGACAAAGAGAUCGGCAGUGGAGGGAAUGCCUACUAAUUUGGAUGCUGAAGUUGCCUGGGGCAAGGCAACACAGAAAGAGAUUGAAAAACGCCAGCUCCAUCUGAAGAGCAUCAGUGAUCUAGGAGAGGGUCUGAGGACAGUGCUUAAGGAAAAAGAAGGUCUAGUGGAUGAUAAGCUCAGCCUCCUGAAAAGUAACUGGAUAGCAGUAACUUCACGAGCUGAGGAGUGGCUCAACCUAUUGUUGGAAUAUCAAAAGCAAAUUGAGACAUUUGAUCAGAAUGUAGCUAACAUCACAGCCUGGAUGUAUCGUUCUGAAAUAUUAUUGGAUGAAUCUGAAAAACAAAAGUCUCAGCAAAAAGAGGAAGUUCUUAAGCGCUUAAAGGCUGAGCUGAAUGAUAUGCGUCCAAAGGUGGACUCUGUGCGUGACCAGGCAGUAGACUUGAUGACAAACCGUGGAGAUCACUGCAGGAAAGUAGUAGAGCCUAAAGUGUCAGAGCUCAACCAGCGAUUUGCAGCUAUAUCACAAAGAAUUAAGAGUGGAAAGCCCUUCAUUCCUUUGAAGGAAUUGGAGCAGUUUAACUUUGAUAUACAAAAAUUGCUUGAACCACUGGAGGCUGAAAUUCAGCAAGGAGUGAAUCUGAAAGAGGAAGACUUCAAUAAAGAUAUGAGUGAAGACAAUGAGGGUACUGUAAAAGAAUUGCUGCAAAGGGGAGACACUCUACAGCAAAACAUCACAGAUGAGAGAAAACGAGAGGAAAUAAAGAUAAAGCAACAGCUGUUGCAGACUAAACAUAAUGCUCUCAAGGAUUUGAGGUCUCAAAGAAGAAAAAAGGCUUUAGAGAUUUCUCAUCAGUGGUAUCAGUACAAGAGGCAGGCUGAUGACCUAUUGAAAUGGUUGGAUGACAUUGAGAAAAAGUUAGCCAGUCUACCAGACACCAAAGAUGAACAGAAGCUAAAGGAAAUUGAUGGAGAAUUGGAGAAGAAGAAAGAAGAUCUGAAUGCGGUGCACAGGCAAGCUGAUCGCUUGUCUAAGAAUGGGGCUGCAAAAGCAGUGGAGCCAACCCUGAUACAGCUCAGCAAGCGCUGGCGAGAUAUUGAGAGCAAAUUUGCUCAGUUUCGAAGACUCAACUAUGCACAAAUUCAAACAGUUUAUGAAGAGACAACAGAUGUGGUGACUGAAGGUAUGACUGUGGAAACCACUUAUGUGCCUUCUGCAUAUCUGGCAGAGAUCCUUCGACUCCUGCAAGCCUUGUCUGAAGUGGAAGACCUCCUUAACUCUCCUGAUCUGCAGGGUAGGGACUGUGAGGAUCUCUUCAAACAAGAAGAGUGUCUCAAGAAAGUUAAAGAUAGCCUGGGGAGAUUCUCAGAUCAGAUUGAGGUUAUACGCAGCAAGAAGACAUCAGCUUUGCAAAGUGCCACACCUGGGGAAGCUACAAAGAUACAGGAAAAGCUGACUCAGCUUAAUUUCCAAUGGGAAAAAGUUAACAAGAUGUACAGGGACCGACAGGCACGCUUUGACAGAGCUGUGAAGAAGUGGCAGUGUUUCCACCAUGACAUGAAGAAUUUUAGUCAGUGGCUAAAUGACGCAGAACAGAAUCUGGCUAGAGCACAGACAGGUACCAGGGACCCGGAUCAAGAAAAAAUUAAGCAGUACGUCAAGGAACUCCAUGAUGGCAUCGGACGACAGCAAACUGUUAUCAGAACAUUAAAUAUAACUGGCGAAGAAAUUAUUGAGCAGUCGUUAACAACAGAUGCUAAUGUACUAAGGGAAAAGCUGGGUAGCCUGAAUUUUCGGUGGGAGGAAGUCUGCAGGCAGCUGGCAGAGAGAAGAAAGAGGCUGGAGGAAGAAAAAAAUAUUUUGUCAGAAUUGCAAGAAGAUUUAAAUGAGUUCAUUUUAUGGUUAGAGGAAGUAGACAGCAUUGUUGGUAUUCCUCUUGAACUGGGAAAUGAGCAACAGUUAAAAGACUCUCUUGAAAAAGUGAAGUUAAGAGUGGAAGAGCUACCUCCACACAAGGGAAUAUUGGAACGAUUAACUGAAACUGGAGGAACAGCACUUGGAAGUACAUCACUGAACCCAGAAGAAAAACAUAAGCUUGAAAAUAGGCUCAAGGAGGCUAACCAUCGCUGGAUAAAGGUAUCCAAAGAUCUACCGGAGAAAGAAAAAGAAAUUGAGCAUCUGCUAAAUAAUUUCACCCAGUUUGAACAACAGUUAAGUCAGCUGAUAUUGUGGGUAUCUCCCAUCAAGGAUCAAUUAGAACUUUACAACCAAGUGGGCCAACUAGGAGCUUUUGAUAUUAAGGAAACUGAAGCAGCAGUCGAAGCUAAACAGCCGGAUGUGGAAGGGGUUUUGUCUAAAGGGCAUCAUUUAUAUAAGGAAAAACCAGCCACUCAUCCAUUAAAGAGAAAAUUAGAAGACUUGAGUGCUGACUGGACGGCAGUAAACCAUUUAAUUCAAGAACUAAAGGGAAAGCCAGCUUCAGGAGCACCAGGACUUAUCCCUUCUGGUUUCCAAACUUCUGGUCAAACUGUUACUGUGGUUACACAAACCGUGGUAACCAAGGAAACGACCAUCUCCAAAGUAGAAAUGCCAUCUUCCUUGCUUCUGGAGGUGCCAGCUCUGGCUGACUUUAAUAAGGCCUGGGCAGAACUCACUGACUGGCUUUCUUUACUGGAUCGAGUGAUAAAAUCCCAGAUAGUGACAGUGGGUGAUCUUGAUGACAUCAACGACAUGAUCAUCAAACAAAAGGCAGCACUACAGGAAUUGGAGCAAAGGCAUCCCCAAUUGGAGGAGCUAAUAACUGCAGCACAGAAUCUAAAAAACAAGACCAGCAAUCAAGAGGCCAGAACAGUCAUUACUGAUAGCAUUGAAAAGAUCCAGAGCCAGUGGGACGAAGUACAGGGACAUCUUCAAAGCCGCAGGCAACAGCUACAUGAAAUGUUAAAGGAUUCAACGCAAUGGUUGGAAGCCAAACAAGAAGCUGAGCAGGUUCUAGAACGGGCCAAAGUCAAGCUUGAGUCAUGGAAGGAAAUUUCUUACACUGUGGAAGCUCUGAAAAAGCAGAACACCGAACUUAAGCAAUUUUCAAAAGAACUGCGGCAGUGGCAAAUACAUGUGGAUGUGGCGAAUGACAUGGCACUUAAGCUUCUCCGUGAUUAUUCAACAGAUGACACCAGAAAAGUAGAACUGAUGACAGAUAACAUUAAUACCAGUUGGGCUACCAUUAAUAAGAGGGUUAGUGAGCGAGAAGCUGAACUGGAAGCAGCUCUAAGGCUGCUGCAGCAGUUCUACCUGGAUCUGGAAAAGUUCCUUGCCUGGCUUACAGAAGCAGAGACAACUGCCAAUGUCCUGCAGGAUGCUACACACAAGGAAAGGAUACUAGAGGACACGAAAGAGGUUCGGGAGCUCAUGAAACAGUGGCAGGACCUCCAGACAGAGAUUGAAGCUCAUACUGACAUCUUCCAUAACCUGGAUGAAAAUGGACAGAAAAUCCUGAGAUCCUUGGAAGGCUCGGACGAUGCAGCAUUGUUGCAGAGACGCCUGGAUAACAUGAACUUCAGAUGGAGUGAGCUUAGGAAAAAAUCUCUAAACAUUAGAUCCCAUUUAGAAGCCAGUUCUGACCAGUGGAAGCGUCUACACCUCUCUCUUCAGGCACUCCUGGCAUGGCUACAGCUGAAGGAUGUUGAGUUAAAGCAGCAAGCACCUAUUGGUGGGGAUCUUCCCACUGUGCAGAAGCAGAAUGAUACACACAGGGCCUUCAAGAGGGAGUUGAAAACUAAAGAACCUGUUAUCAUGAGUGCACUUGAAACAGUACGAGUGUUCCUGGCAGAGCAGCCUCUGGAGGGUCUGGAGAAGCUCUACCAGGAGCCUAGAGAGCUGUCUCCUGAAGAAAGGGCCCAGAAUGUCACCAAACUCCUCCAAAGACAGGCAGAUGAGGUCAAAACUGAAUGGGAUAAACUGAACCUGCAUUCUGCUGACUGGCAAAAGAAGAUAGACGAGGCUCUUGAAAGACUGCAGGAGCUCCAGGAGGCAAUGGAUGAACUGGACCUGAAGUUGCGCCAGGCUGAAGUGACUAAGGGUUCCUGGCAGCCAGUAGGGGAUCUGCUAAUUGACUCUCUGCAGGAUUACCUAGAAAAAGUCAAGGUUUACCGAGCAGAAAUUGCACCCAUUAAAGAAAAUGUGAAUCAUGUCAAUGAGCUUGCUCACCAGUUCACCUCCUCUGAUAUACAGCUUUCUCCAUAUAAUCUCAACUGUCUGGAAGACCUGAACACAAGGUGGAAGCUUCUGCAG